AUGGUGCAGGCUCUGCAGACACAGAUGGCCCAAGCGCCGGCCACCAAGAAAAUCACCCCCAAAAUCAAAUACGGCAAGGCGCCCAAGCCAGUCAAGCCGCCGGCCAAGGUGGCCAAGAAGGUGGCCAAGCCGGCGCCCAAGCCGGUCAAGAAGGUCGUGGUGAAGAAGAAGGUCGUGAAGAAGGUGGUGGCCAAGCCCAAGCCCGUGUACAAGGCGCCCCCAAGGAAGGCAUCCAAGGGCGGAAAGGGCUGGUUUGGGGAUGCCGGUGGCGCCGGCGACCUGUCCCAGUGGUAUGGCUCCACCAGGAAGCUGUACCUGCCCGCCGGCCUCUUCGCCCGGUCGGAGGUGGAGCCCUACCUGAACGGCACCCUCGCCGGAGACUACGGCUACGACCCCCUGGGCAUCGGCCAGUCGGUGGCCAAGGUGGCGGAGUACCGUGAGUACGAGAUCCUGCACGGCCGGUGGGCCAUGCUGGGCGCCGCGGGGAUGAUCAUCCCCGAGGGCCUGGCCGCCAACGGCGCGGACAUCCGAGGCGCUGCCUGGUACGAGACCGGCGCGGAGAUGUUGACGGGAUCGGGCAAGCUGGACUACUUCGCCGUGCCGUGGGCGGUCGUGGCCAACCCGCUGCCGCUGCUGUUCGUGAUCGGCAUCCAGGUGGGGCUGAUGGGUGCCGCCGAGAACUACCGGCGGCAGGGUAGGGGGCCAUCUGGCUACACCGUGGGACGCGGCAAGUACGACGCCAAAGAGCUGGAAGGCCUGGACCCCAUUUACCCCGGCGGGCCGUUUGACCAGUUCGGGCUGGCGUCCGACCCCGAAGUCUUCCAGGAGCUGAAGGUCAAGGAGAUUAAGAACGGGAGGCUCGCGAUGAUCGCCACCCUGGGUUUCGCCGUCCAGGCCGCCGUCACCGGCGAGGGACCCUACGCCAACUGGUCAAAACAUGUUGCGGACCCCUUUGGCUACAACCUGUUGACUGUGCUGGGUAGCGAGGACCGGGUGCCCACUUUGUAG